GUGGAGCGAGCGGCGCGCGCGCCGGGCCUCCCAGUCGCAGCUCCCUCGUGCACCGGUGCCAGCGUCAGGCGUCCCCAACAGCAGCUAUGGUGUACUCUCCCACCGUGAGGCCCAGCGAGAACUUCAACGCCGAGGAGGAUGCUCGAGUCCUCAAGGAGGCGAUGAAGGGCAUGGGCACCGAGGAGGGCCCAAUCGUGGACAUCCUGGCCAAACGCUGCUUCAAACAGCGCGAGGAAAUCACUCAGGCCUACAAACGCGAGUUCGGUCGGGACCUGGCCGAGGACCUGCAGAAGGAGCUGGGCGGCGAUCUGGAGGACUUGAUGAUGGGACUGACGUACUCCUACUUCGAGUACCUGUCGCACGAGCUCAAAAAAGCGUUCAAGGGGUUCGGCACCAAGGAGAAGGUCGUGAACGAGAUUCUGCUCUCGCGCAACAACUCUGAGCUCCAUCUGCUGCAGGAGGUCUACGCCAAGACGUGCCACAGCUCGCUGGAGGAGGACAUCAGGGAGGACAUGAAGGGCGACCUGGAGAAGCUGCUGGUGGCUCUGCUGAGCGGCAGCAGGAACGAAGUCAGCGAUGCCGAUUCCGACAAGGCCAAGGUGCAGGCGCAAGACUUGUACAACGCCGGUGAACAAAAGCUCGGCACGAACGAGGCCGUGUUCCGCCAGCUCUUCUCCCACGAGAGUCUGCCGCAGCUGCUGGCCAUCGCCGAAGAGUACGAGAAUAUCUCCAAAAAGACCCUGAAGGAGGCUAUUGAGUCUGAGCUCGGCGGCGGCUUCCAGCAGGCCCUCCUCAUCAUCCUGGAGGUGGCCAAGGACAAGAUCCAGUUCUACUCGGACAUCCUGUACAACAGCAUGCAAGGCGCCGGCACGGACGACAAGACCCUCAUCCGUAUCGUGCUGUCCCGAAGCGAACUGGACCUGGGCGACAUCAAGGCCAAGUACCUGAACACGUACGGCAAGACACUGGAUCAUUCGAUCGAGCGGGAGACGUCGGGUCCCUACAAGGAGGCACUGGUGCAGCUGGUGCGCGGAUGAGCCGCCUCCGGCCCCCCAGCGGCCUGCCAGGGGCGCGUCCUCCACCACCCUACGGCCGGUGACGUCACACCUGCCCCGUACUGCCAGCGGACAAAGCCGAGUGACGUCACUUCUCCCUGUUCGGAUUCACAUCGGCAUUGUGCUUCACGAAGCUUGCUUUAAACCGAUCAACCGUAGUGCAUUGAAAAAGACGCGGCAGAAGAUGACCAGCGUCACUUUUCGUUCAGAUGUUAACUGGGUAGGGGAUGUCGCCACCCCAGCGGCGGCGGGGUAUUUGGGGAGAGCUCUACCGAUACUGCGUCUUGCAGAGCCCCGCCACUUUUCCUCGUCCGGCUCGGCCUACCUUGCGAAUCUCUGGGAUGGGGCGGCCCGGCAGGGGCAGUUCCACGGCGUCCCACUAUGGUUGUCAUGGUGACCUGUGACGUCAUUGAAACGCGGCCCGCGGAGUGGCUGGCGACCGCCCGUCUUGCCUCCGGCGCCUGCUGGUACUCAAUACAGUCGGGCGAUUGGGACGA